AUGGCGCCCCCACCGAGGUUUAUCUUAAUUGCUUCCGUUCUUCUCAUUAUAAUUUAUUUCUACCGAUCUACACCCCCAGUGCCUCGCGCGGUAUAUGAGGACUUGCAAUUUGACGAAGCUAGCUUCGGCCAGCGAGGGCUAUUAGCCCAAAAACUAUACAAUCUGAUUCACGAGGCAGAAAGUCUGUGGUGGACCACGGUCACUGGUAUCUCCAAGAAUGAGAAUGAUGCAGAAAAACUGGCGACGCGUCUUUUCCCGUUUAUACAGCACCCAUCUCAGCCUUUCAACACUGCCCCGCUUCGAUCACUCCGGUCAACAUUUAUCCCCAUGUCUAAGGGCAUCGUUAUUCCAGCUGGCAAGAACAGUUUGGUAUAUGCUUCUCAUUUAAUCCUGACUCUUCGAGAUAUCCUCAACGUCACAUUGCCUAUUGCUAUCGCCUACGCGGGGGAUGAAGACCUUCUGCCUGCACAGCGGCGAUCACUGAUGGAGCUGCGACCAGAUGUCGAAUUGCUGGAUGUCACAGCUACCUUGUCGGAUAGGUUUAUGGAUUUGCGACACGGGUCCUGGGCAAUAAAACCCUUUGCGGUUUUGGCCAGCCGGUUCGAACAAGUGAUCCUCGUCGACGCAGAUGUUGUAUUUGUCCAACCGCCGGAGCUUCUCUUUGACCACCCAGGCUACCAGGAGAGUGGCGCGCUAUUCUUUCAUGAUCGAUAUUUCGAGAUGAAUCCGGGCAAUAAGAGGCAAGAAUUUAUCAAAGCAGAAACGAAAAACUUGGCGCUCCUAGAUACCUGUUGCCAGAGCAUUCUCAGAGAUGGUUAUGAUGAUGAGCAGGACUCGGGAGUCGUCGUCAUAGAUAAAAGAAAGCUACAGGUCCUCAUCGGGCUGUUGCAUACCUGCUGGCAGAACUCCUCACCUGUUAGAAACGAUAUUACAUACAAGAUUUUCUACGGCGACAAGGAGACCUUCUGGCUUGGGAUGGCCUUAAGUAAGGUGCCACAUGUUUUUGAGCGGCACUCGGCCGGGAUAGCAGGUAUGCUGCGAGAACGAGAUGGUAAGAAACAGGUUUGCGGGAACACCAUUUCGCAUUCUUCUGACGAAAAUGGGAGUCUGAUUUGGUAUAAUGGUAGCUUGCUUCGAAAUAAAAGCAAAAAUGGCAAGACAUAUCUAGUUCCUGAGUAUCAAAUAGUGGGUGGCCAAUGCAGCUGGGUUACUGACCCUGCUUUGCAGUUCUGUUGCCACGGUGGAGACAUAUCAGAGUUGACCAGUUCAGAGCGUACUGUUCUCGAGAGAAGUGUGGAUAUCGCUCAAAAGCUAGAUGGCCAGCAAGAAAUGCAAUCAAAAUCAUGA